AUGGAGAAUCGGGAAUUCGAGGUGGAUUUCGAUCUCGGCUUGUCUAGAGUCGAUACCAACAUUACUUCUGUAUUUCCAGAGGUGGAACAAAACAUUGAAGAAUGGUUGCUUCCUAGACUUGUGGGAUGUGAUGUUCUUGAGCGCCGCCUGGAAAAUGAUACUAGACCGGUUUCAUAUGGCAUUCGUGGUCAGGUAGAAUCACGUCGAUUGCAAUCAUCCAAGGAUCCCCUCCGAUAUAUGAUUGCUGAUGUGUUGGACAUCCGCGCAGUCGAUCAAGAGGAGGAAUGCUCCACUACCUCCGACAUUCCUAACUGCAGCUUUGUGAAAGUCAAGAUGAAUUUGAUGCUUCGGGGAGAUGAGCUGAACUUGUACGUGGUGACACUGAUCUCCGAGUUCUUCCCAGAAGGCGAAGAUCUCAGUAGUAAGAUUGAUUUGUCAGACCCUAUUGAAAUCUUUACUGUGAGGGGUAUUGGUGCGACGGGUCCUACCAAGGCUCCUACUGCAAUGCCUUCUUGGGAGCCGAGCGUUUCUCCCUCAGGUUCUCCAACCAAGGAGGCAACUAAUCCUGGACCAUCCGACCCCAGUGGUCAGAUUCCUGAAACAACAAUGGAACCCUCCCAAUCACAACGCACAACACCUUCAGCAAGGCCAUCGAGUGCCCCAUCGCCGAUUCCGCCACCAACCUUAGCCCCAGUACCAAGAGCAACGCCAGUUCCAACACAGACGGCAUCUGGAACUCCAUCACAGGUUCCGAGUAAGAAUCCUUCGUCUACGCCAUCAGCUGCUCCUGUUGUCGGAAUCACACCUUUACCAUCCAUUACACCAUCCACAAUGGAGCCUUCGCAUCAACCCAGUGAAUCACCAUCGGCUGAUCCAUCACUCAAGCCAUCUGCGUCACCAAGUGCUGAAUUUUCUCCUAUACCUUCGACUGAACCUUCAAUGCAGCCUUCUGUUCAGCCUUCAAUGCAGCCGUCUUCCGUCCCUUCCAAUUCACCUUCUACAUCUCAGCCUUCUUCUUCGCCAACCAAAUAUCGAUGUUUUCAAUCCAAUGCCGAGCUGAAAGGCGUAGUUGGCGACUGGUUUGCUACAUCUGCACAAAAAGCAUCAGUCGAAGCCCAGUAUGGACUGAUCGGAGACUGGUGUUUCGGUGCAGGUGUGACUAGUAUGAGUAGGCUUUUUCAAGGCCGUUCUACUUUCAAUGAGGAUCUUAACAACUGGGACGUUUCUUCUGUGACAACGAUGUUGGUAAUGUUCGGAGGAGCAUCAUCUUUCAAUGGAGUCAUUUCAAAUUGGAACGUCUCUUCUGUGACAACGAUGGCGGCAAUGUUCUCAGGAGCAUCAUCUUUCAAUGGAGUCAUUUCAAAUUGGAACGUCUCUUCUGUGACAACGACGGCAACAAUGUUCGCAGGAGCAUCCUCGUUCAACCAAGACUUGUCAGGAUGGGAUGUUUCCUCUGUCACUAACAUGAAUGACUUGUUCAAGUUUGCAUCAUCCUUCAAUGGAGAUAUAUCGUCAUGGGAUGUUUCAUCGGUCACUAUAAUGUGGGCAACGUUCUGGGGUGCAUCAUCCUUCAACCAAAAUAUUUCAAAAUGGGAGGUUUCUUCUGUUACUACUAUGAAUGGAAUGUUCCAUAUCGCACGUUCAUUCAAUCAAGACAUAUCGUCAUGGGAUGUUUCUUCAGUCACUAACAUGUGGUAUUUGUUCAAUGAAGCAUCGACCUUCAACCAGAAUCUUUGUGCAUGGGGCCCCAAGAGUUCGAAUGUUGUCACGUUGCCAGAAUUUUGGCGCAGCAACUGCCCUACAAGAAGUGUGCCAAAUCUCGAUGCAGAUCCACCCGGUCCCUUUUGCCACGCUUGUGCCUAG